UUCACGUGUUCUAUUCGCCCCAUCUAUUUCUUCUCCUUUGCUUCUCUCCGGAGGAAUCCCCCGCCCCCCCUUAUCCCAGCCCCGCUUUGCUCAUGAGCUUCCGAUUUACCUUUCUCGAUCUCUAACCUCCUCCUCCCUCCCUCCCCUGUUGCUAUUCCUGUAAUUGCACCCGUCGCAAAUAAUGGUGGCCCUCGUCUCUCUCUAACCUGGUUCGUCGGUGGAGGUGCCCCCAUCGGUGCAGCUCUCUAGAGUAGUGGGGUGGGGGAAGAACCCAUGCCGGUCGUGCGGCCUCCCCGAGCUGUCGCGGGCCACCAUUAUUUGCGACGCCUGCGAACAUGGGUUCCCCGAAUCCUGCGUCCACAUCUUGGGUCCGCUUAUGCGCCAGCCUCCGCCACCACCGCUGCCCAGCCGCUCUGGUGUGUAGUUGCGGCGGCCUCCGGUAGCGGUGACCCAAGACUGGAUGGGCAAGAGUGGUCAGAUUCUGGUCAAAAUUGUGAUGCAGGUAGUGUGGGUGAUGAAGAUGUGUCAGAAUCAAAGAAGCCAGCCCCUGAUAUUGAUAGUACUAAAUGUGAGGAAACAUCUUCUGCAACAGGCAAGCCAAAAGGAUUGCUAACUAUUAACAGUAGCUUGGUUCCGGAGUCAUCAUUGAGGCCUGUUACAGGAAGAAACUCACAUAUCCUAAAGCAGCAAAAGAUAAAUUUGCUUGAUAUACAUGCAGCGUUGCCUGAGGAAGCUUCGAGAGCCUCAAAAUCUCAACAAAUUAGAAGGCGUUCACGGCGUGCUUUUGUCAAGCAUGCACAAUCAAUAUCGGAGAUGGUAGUGGCGACCAGUGUGUUGGAGAGGAUGAUAAAAUCCGAAUUCCUCAUGAAUGAUUGGUGGUACUGGUCCUCCUUAACAGUAGCUAUCAAGACAUCAACUGUAUCCUCGCUCGCUCCCAGGAUCCACACUCUCGACGACUGUAUCAUGUACACCAAGGAGCCUAACGCCGUGCCGGCUGACAGUACAAAGGUUGUAAACAAGGGGAGGGGGAAAGAGCCGGAACCAUCAUCGUCGUAAUCUGUCCCGCUCAAUUUGUAUAGCCAAACUUAGAUGUUCCACUUUGUUGUGUGCAACAAUGUGACACUUUGGUGACAGAGAUGGUAUAGACAGAGUUUUUGGUUAUGUGGUCCCUCGAGGCUUUAGGGCUAGCUUUGAUUUUGGUGUUCCUGCAAGGCUGCAACCUUGACGUUCAUUCUAA